CCCAUGGAUGUUGGUUCGUUGCUUCUGUUGUCUGCAUCGCCAAGAAGAGGGGCGGGCUCCGUUGGUAGUGCCGCGGUCAACCACAAAAACAGCUACCGCCCCGGGCCAGUGUUGGUUUUGUUGUCCCUUUCCCCAUCAUCUCCUGUUGGUACGGCGCCCUUCUUCACGUGUAGCAAGGAUUACUGAGACGGUAACCCGACAAAUACUCCGAACAUGUCGCAAGACAAUCAGCACGUUGAGAUCGUGGCGGAUCAAGAGAGUGACGCCCGAUCGGCAGACGGAAGUAGCUUUGCUUCUUCAAGUACCAGCCUUCGCGAGUCGAUCCUCGAGUACAGAAUCGAGAACGGCAGAACGUACCACCAGUACAAAGAUGGAGCUUACCUCUUUCCCAAUGAUGAAAGGGAGCUAGAGAGACUGGAUCUGGUCCAUUCUAUGUGGCUUCUGGUGACUGAUAAUCAGCUCGGUAUUGCUCCGCCAUGUGAAGAAGGUUCCAAGGUCGGUAGAGUGCUCGACAUAGGCACGGGUAGUGGAAUUUGGGCCCUCGACUUCGGUGAUGAGCACCCUGAGGCCGAGGUCCUCGCUAUCGAUCUCUCUCCGACAAUGCCUACUUACGUUCCGCCCAACGUCAAGUUCGAGGUCAACGAUGCCGAAGACCCUUGGACAUACUCACGGCCUUUCCAAUACAUCCACAGCAGGGUCAUUACUCAAGGCAUCAGAGACUGGAAGAAGUAUCUGAAGAACUGCUACAACAAUCUCGAGCCAGGAGGAUGGAUUGAAGUGCAGGAGAUCGACCUGUACCCGACCUCCGACGAUGGAACCCUUAAGCCCGAUUCUGACCUUCAAAAGUGGGCUGACUUGCUCAAGGAGGGCUCAGAGAAGCUGGGACGCCCCUUCCCCGAUAUCCCUUCGCUGAAAGGGCUCAUGGCUGAGGCUGGCUUCGUCGAUGUCCAGAUGACUAGGACCAAGUGGCCGAUCAAUCCAUGGCCCAAGGACCCUAAGUGGAAGGAAAUUGGCAUUUGGAACUGCGAGAACCUGCUUUCGGGUCUCGAGGGCUUCUCUAUGGCUGCAUUGACCCGUGGUCACGAUUGGUCCCGUGAUGAGGUUAACGUCUUCCUCAUGGGAGUACGAAAGGACAUCAAGGAUCGAAACGUUCAUGGCUACUGGCCGAUAUACUUCCUCACUGGGCGCAGACCGGAACAGGAAGACGCCGCGCCUCCAGCACAAGUUCCAGCGGAAGCAGCGACCUCCACAGAAGCAUGAUUCAACCCUCAGAGUUAAGUCUCGCUACGUAUGCUGUAGCAUGCGAGUGAAAUGGAUGAAAUUACCCUCAUCGACUUCUAGCAUUGCCUCAGUGAUAGAAACAUCCACGUUAGACUGCGUUUUUGGGCACAUAUCUGAGGAAGCCGAGGUAAAGAAAGGAGCGGGAUGUGAGGAUGCUACCUAUGACUUGUGUUAGGGGGUUUAAUCACUCAGAAUUGCAACAC